AUCCGCUGGUUCCGUAACAACAUCCCGUUGACUUUUCUCUGGUGGCGGGACCUGUGUAGCCGCCGCCUCCCUGGAGUACCCUCCCUCCAGGACCCGCGCUCCGAAGCCCAGGCCGCCAUGGCCACCAACCCGCAGCCGCAGCCGCCGCCUCCCGCGCCCCCGCCGCCGCCGCCGCAGCCGCAGCCCCCGCCGCCGCCGCCGGGCCCCGGGGCUGGCUCUGCCGCGAGUGGGGCGGGAGGCUCCGGCCCGGGCUCCGGGGACCCGCAGCUCGUGGCCAUGAUCGUGAACCACCUCAAGAGCCAGGGGCUCUUCGACCAGUUCCGCAGGGACUGCCUGGCCGACGUGGACACAAAGCCUGCCUAUCAGAAUCUGAGGCAACGAGUUGACAACUUUGUGGCAAACCACUUGGCAACUCAUACAUGGAGUCCACAUCUUAAUAAGAACCAACUAAGAAACAAUAUUCGACAACAAGUUCUCAAAUCAGGAAUGCUGGAGUCUGGUAUUGACCGAAUUAUCUCUCAGGUUGUGGAUCCAAAGAUCAACCACACAUUCAGACCUCAGGUGGAGAAAGCUGUGCAUGAGUUUUUGGCCACACUGAAUCACAAAGAGGAAGCAAGUGGCAGCAUAGCUCCAGAGGAUGAGAAACCAGACUCAUCCAUCAUCAUACAAGGUGUCCCUGCUCCUGGUCCCAGUGCAAAUGUAGCCAAUGAUGCCAUGUCAAUCUUGGAAACUAUAACUUCUCUUAACCAGGAAGCUAAUGCUGCCAGGGCUUCAACAGAAAUGUCAAAUACCAAGGCCAGCGAGAAACUAUCCAAAAAACCUUCAUCUCAGCAAAGCACUGACAUCAACACUGACAAGGAAAGAAGCUCAGAGGAUGGGACUGAUAAAGAAAAAGCACCACCUGAUUCUGGAGUGGAAGGACUGGAACCUCCCCUCAAGUCUGAAGAACUUAGUGAUUCCCCUUGUCCACUUGAGGAAAUUAAGAAUCACAUGAAAGAGAAUACUGGCUUAGCUUUGCUAAAUAAGGAUGCUCAGCAGGAAAGCAUUGACCAAAAAAAUAAAUCAUCAGACAAAAGUGAAAAGAAACUAGAAAGCAACGAAAAAGAAAGAAAGAAAGAAAAGAAGGAAAAGACUGAGAAAAAAAUGGAUCACUCAAAAAGGAGUGAAGAUCCACAAAAAGUAAAAGAUGAAAAACAAGUAAAGGACAAAGAAUUAGAGAGUGCAAAACUCCCCUCAGAAAAAGGUGGUCACAGAGCUAAGACUGCUGAUGGAACCAGAGAAGAUUGCUCUUUGAUAGACUCUGAUGUGGAUGGUCUUACAGACAUCACAGUUAGCUCUGUCCACACUAGUGACCUUUCGUCUUUUGAAGAGGACACCGAGGAGGAAGUUGUCAUGUCUGAUAGCAUGGAAGAAGGAGAGAUCACAUCAGAUGAUGAAGAGAAGAACAAACAGAAUAAAACAAAAAUUCAAAGUAAUGAUUCUAAUGAAGGAAAAGCCAAAAGUGUGCGGCAUUCAUAUGUUCACAAACCAUACCUUUACUCCAGGUACUACAGUGACUCCGAUGAUGAGCUCACAGUGGAACAACGUCGGCAGUCUAUUGCUAAAGAAAAAGAAGAAAGGCUUUUAAGAAGACAAACUAACAGAGAAAAGCUUGAAGAAAAACGAAAACAGAAAGCAGAAAAAACAAAGUCUUUCAAAGUCAAGAGUCAAGACAAAAAUGAUGUGUAUGUAGAAGAAUCAUCAACAAAGACUUUGGAAUCCAAACCCCCCAGAAGUAAAGAAGUCCUUAAAGAACAGAAAGUUUUAGAGAAGAAAGUAGCCUUAAGCAAAAGAAGAAGAAAAGGUUCAAGGGAUCUUGAAGAGAAUUCCAAAAAAAAACAGCAUUCUGAAGAAGAGCCCAAGGAAAUCCUCAAAACAAAUGAGCAGCACUGUGAAAAGGAGAAGGUGUUUUCUUCAAAGGAGCUGAAGCAUGCUCAUGUGAAAAGUGAACCAAGUAAACCUGCUCGGAGACUGUCAGAGUCUCUGCAUUCAGCUGAAGAAAACAAAAAUGAGUCCAGAAUUGAAAGAGAACAUAAAAGACGGAUAUCCACUCCUGUUGUAACAGAAGGGGCACAGGAAGAAGUGGACAUGAGAGAUGGAAAAAAGCAAGGAGAACGCUCAGAUAUCAGCAUGGAAGAGCACCAGAAACAGAAAAGCACACCUAAAAAUGAAAAGUAUCAAAAAAAAGAUGAUUCUGAAACACUGUAUGUGAAAAACCUACCUAAAAAGGAAGUCAAGUCCUCCAAAGAAAAGCCUGAAAAAGAGAAAUCACUAUUGGAAGAAAAACUGUCUUCCAAACAUAAAUAUAAAGGCGAUAGUAUGCAUAAAAUAGGUGAUGAGACUGAACUUCACUCUUCCGAGAAAGUGUUAAAAGUUGAGGAAAAUACUGUGAAGCAAAGUCAGCAGGCCAAGCUUUCUUCAGAUGAGAAAGCUGAUCGAAAAAGUAAACACAGGAGUGAAAAGAAAUUGUCAGUAUUAGGAAAAGAUGGAAAGCCAGUUUCUGAAUAUAUUAUAAAAACAGACGAGAAUAUGCGUAAAGAAAACAAAAAAGAAAAGCACCUAUCUUCUGAAAAGACCAAGGCAGAGCACAGAUCAAGAAGAUCAAGUGAUGGGAAGAUUCAGAAAGACACCCUAAGUUCCAAACAGCAUGGUGCUAUGUUACAGAGAAGAAGUGACAUUUACUCUGAAGAUAAGUGUAAAACAGAUCCAAAUAAUUCAGAUAGUAAUUUAAAGCCAGAAGAGGUGGUUCACAAGGAGAGGCGGAGAACAAAGAGCUUACUAGAAGAGAAAAUUGGGUUGAAGUCUAAAUCCAAAGGUCAAGGUAAACAAUUAAAACUUACUGAAACAGAAUUACAAGAAAGUAUUUCAAAACAGGCGACUACUCCAAAAUCAGAGAAAGAGAAAAACACAGAAGAAAAUGAGUCUGAAAAGCAACGCAAGUCUAAAGUUGAAGACAAAUCUUUAGAAGACCCUGGUGUUGAAUCUGUAUUGGAGAAUACUGCUCCUUCACAUAGUAUACAGAAAGAUUCUAGCCAUAGAGCUAAGCUGCCAUUGGCAAGGGAGAAACAUAAGGGUGAUAAAGACAUGGGCUCCUUCAGACUUGAGAGAAAAUUCUCAGAUGGGCACAAAAGCAAAAGCUUAAAGCACAGCAGUAAAGAUCUGAAAAAGAAGGAAGAAAAUAAAUCUGAUGAGAAGGAUGGUAAAGAAGUUGACAGCAAUCAUGAAAAGGCCAGAGGGAAUGGCUCAGUUAUAGAAAAGAAAUUAAGUAGAAAACUAUGUGAAAAUCGAAGAGGAAGCUUAUCACAAGAAAUGACUAGAGAUGAUAAAUUUGCGGCAAACACUUUAGGUACUCCCAGUUCUUCCCUUCAGAGACCAAAAAAAAGUAGCGAAACCACACCAAUCCAUGAACAAGAGCCUAUGGAAAUUGAUUCUAAGGCAAGCAUCGAAAACGUAUCUGAACUUUCUAAAAUCCAAGACAUCAGCAAUAAUAGUUCUCACCAAGACAUGGACUCUGAAAAUGUUGCAAAGCAAAAACCUGCAGGGAUUCUAAAGGAUGAACUAAGGACUUCCACAGUAGUUUCAAAGUCAAUAGCUACAACCUGUAAAUCAGGUCGUGGAAUAGCAGUGACAAGCAAUUCUGAAAAACAUGCUGACCCAAAAAGCACAUUGGCUAAGAAAGUGCAUAUCCAUAGUGCUGUGCCAAAAGCAAAUCCUAGGGAAAAAGAAUCAUUUCAACAAGGAGCUCAUGAAAUGAAUAUGAACUCUGAACCAAGUCAGAGAACGUUCUCUAGUGCUCCAUCAGAAAAUGAUAGAGUGCAAAAUAAUUGGAAAAACAUAGCCAGAACCCAUGAAGAAUGUGCAACUCAGGGAGACACUGUUCUUGAACAUUCCAUAGACUUAGACCUCUCACCAUCCUUAAGUUCAGUGACUGUUGUGCCUCAGAAAGAAUAUCACGAUUCAGAUGUAAUUCCUGUUGGUAAAUCUGAAGGUGGCACAACCAGCCCCUCCUCUGUAGAUCAUUCUGGUUUACCUAACCAAGGUGUGGCAGUGAGGACAUCAGAAGUCUCUCAGACAAGUGACUGCAAAGAAGGCAGUGAUGGUUCUACUGAAGACUUGUCAGAAAAAGAAAGCAUGGCAAACAGAAGACACAUUCCAUUAGAUUGCCAGGCCACCUUAUCAGACAGCAAACAAGGAAAAGUAAGCAUCCCUCAUGCUAGCAAGUCAAUGGCCCUGAUUGUGGAAAAUGAGAGUAUUAGCAAAGAAAGUGACUUGUUUGAUGUGACCAAGAAAGAAAGAGAUUUGAAUGCAGAACCUGAUUUAAAGCAGACAUCUAGAGCUGCAGUAGAGAAUGUCAAGAAGAUUAGCAUUGCUGCUGAUCAUGUGGCAGGCAUGAGUACAGGCAAAGAUGCUGAAACAACCAAGCUUAAGCAUUAUAGAGAUCCAGAUGGAAAUAAAAAAAUAACAACUGAUGUUGAAAGAAAGACUGAAAACAAUGAGGUAGACACCAAUGCUGGGGAUGACACUGCCUCCUCUGUGUUGCAGCAAAGGGUUGGAAAAACAGAGAGGGCAACAGCUGGUUCUGGUAAGGCAGAAAAAACUUUUGUUGCUACUAGUACUGAAGGGAAAAGCAAUCGAACUACCUUAAACCCAGUAAAUGCUGUGGAUGCCACCACCACUUCUGCAGAAACAAGAGAGAAGGGGAUGGCUUUGCCCUGCACCAGCAUUGAAGCAGAUGAAGGUUUCAUAAUAGGUGCAUGCCCUGGAAACAAUCUCCUCCAAGUUGGGGCAGAAGCCAGAGAAUGUACUGUUUUUGCCCCAGCUGAAGAGGGUGGGGGUAUUGUCACAGAAGGGUUUGCUGAAAGUGAAACUUUUCUCACAAGCACCAAGGAAGGAGAAAGUAGAGAGUGUACUGUGGCUGAAUCAGAAGAGAGAGUUGCAGACCCUGUUGCUGCUCAUACAGUUAAAAUUGAGGCCAUUGUAAAUAGUAUUGUGACAGAGGAAAAAGAUGAUGCUGUAACCAGUGCAGGCUCUGAAGAAAAGUAUGAUGGUUCUUCAAGUAGAGUUGAAGGAACUGGUACUUUUACUGGGGAAGUUGAAAGUGAUGGAGCAGUUACAAGUGCUGGGACAGAAAUAAGAGAAGGGUCUGUGAGCAGUGAAGAAGUUGAUGGUUCCCAAGAAAAUAGAGCACAAGGAGGUCACAAAAAAGAAACAGAAGGCACAGUAACUUGUACAGAAGCAAAAGGAAGAGGUGAUGACUUCAUUAUCUGCUCAGUGACUAGAGCAGGACCCCAAGAGGAACGCAUAGUUACAGGUGCAAAUGUGGUACCAGUAGAAAAUGAUAUACCCCCAGAGACAAGUGCCAACCAAGAAGGAGAUGGUUCCGGGAAUGACGGCACAGAAGGUGAAAGUGCAGUCACCAGCACAGGCAUUACAGAAGAAGAUGGGGAUGGGCCAGCAAGUUGCACAGGUUCAGAAGAUAGCACUGAAGGCUGUGUUCUCAGUUCUGAAACAGAAGAUAAUGGAGAGAGUGAAAUGGAUAGCACAGGUGCCAACAAUAUCAGUAAUUUACCCUCAAUGGCUACUGCUCUUUGUGAUGAUGAAGGCAUUGUGACUAGCACAGGUGCAAAAGAAGAUGAUGAUGAGGGGGAGGGUGUUGUGACUAGCACUGGGAGAGGAAAUGAAGUUGGACAUGCUUCAACAUGUACAGGGAUUGGAGAAGAAAGUGUGGGGGUGUUGAUCUGUGAGAGCGCAGAAGGGGGUGGUCAGAUUGACCCUGUGAUAGAGCAGGUGGAUGCUGAGGCUGGGGCAACCAUCAUUAAUACAGAUGGCAGUAAUAUAGACAGUAUGAGUUGUGCAAAGAAGGAAAUCAAAGACACAGAUAUCUGCUCCAGUGCUAAAGGGAUUGUAGAAAGCAGUGUAACUAGUGCAGUUACAGGAAAUGGUGAUGUGGCACCAGCUGGAGGAAGUGCUGAAGGCCCCAUGACUAGUGCAGCUACUCAUCAGAGUGACACUCAGCUCACCAGGCAAGAAGUGGUUGAAGAUGCCACUAUUUCCACUGGCAUGGUGGGGGGCAGUCAUGAUGUUUGUGUGUCUGGUGCAGUCCCAGAAUGUGAAGUUGAUCACACAUCACCCAGUGAAAAAGAUGAAGGCAUCAUCACUUCUGUAGAAAACGAACAGUCUGAUGACCUGGCUAUGACAGACAGUGAUGAUGUUUCCAACCAGCAAGACAGCUUAGCUAGAAAUAAAAGUCAAGGCAAAGGCUUGGUGAUUUCCACAAGUACAACAGGGGAUGACACCUCUCGUGUAAGUGCAGUUACAGGUGUGAGAGAAGGGCAUCCAAGGACUCUGAGAACUGAAGAAAGCUUGGAAGGCUGCAGACUAAACACAGAAAGUUUUGAGGCCCCCAUGCCCAGUGCAGUUUCAGGUGAUGAGGAUCAACACACUGCUAACAGAAUUGAAGAAAAGGAUGAGUGUGCCAUGAUUUCCACAAGCAUAGGGGAAGAGUUUGAAGGGCCUAUUUCCAGUGCAGUUCCCAUCAAGUGUACUGAAAGUCAACAGCCACUUGAAACUGUUGAAGAAUGCCCCAAAGGUCCAAUCUUGGUAAGCACUGAGGGUUUUGAGGUGCCAAUGCCCAGUGCUCCCACAGAAGUUGAAAGCCCUCCUGCCUCAACCAGCAAGGAAGAAAAGGAUGAGUGUGCUCUCAUUUCGACCAGCAUAGCAGAAGAAUGUGAUGCCUCUAUUUCUGGUAUAAGUGAAAAUGCACCAUCAGUUGCAGAUGGGGCUGCUAUUAUCUCAACAAGCUCGGUGGAUGAUUGUGAGGGACCUGUGUCCAGUGCUGUCCCUCAGGAGGUAGUCUGUCCCUCAGUCACACCAGCAGAGGAGACCAGUGAUGCUACCAUGAUUUCCACAAGUACCUCUGAAGGAUGCGAAGCAGUCAUGAUUGGUGCUAUCCACACAGAAGAUGACCAGGCUACCGCUGUGAGAGUGGAAGACUUGGGUGAUGCUGCCAUUAUUUCCACCAGCACAGCAGAGUGUGUGCUGAUGGGCACUAGCCUAGGUAGACACAAAGAAAGUCAGCCAGCUACACACACCCUGGAAGUAAAUGAUGAACUUUCUGCAGCAAAGCUGAGUAAGUAUGAGCUGCCCAUGCCUAGCCUCGUGCCAGAGAGAAACUAUCAAUGUCCAGAGCCUUUUACAGAAGGCAAAGAAGCAGGUGCCAUGGUGUCAGGGAGACCCAAGGAAGGGCACAACAUAGACUGUGGGCCCUCUGCAGGACAAGAUCAGCCAGUUGCAUGCACAGUACAGGAAGAAAGAUGUGACAGGGGCUGCCCUGGCCCAGCCCUCAAUGCAAAAGAGAAGAAAAUAUUGUUGAGCUCCAUACAGCGGUCACUCAGAAGCCCAGAGGCAACAGGGAACAGGAGCAUAGCCAUCUGUCCAGCAGGAAGGGGCUCAGAGAGAGAUGCUAACUCAUCUGUCUGUCUGGAUGGGCCUGAACAAGCACCUGCCCAGGGCAUCUAUGGAAGUAUUCACUGUUUGGCAGCAAUAAACACCGGUGCUAAAACUAAUGACAUGUCACCCACUAGAGAUGUAGUCGCAAAGUGCCCUAUUCCUCCUGACCAGCCAGAGCACAAGGACAGCUUGAAUACCACUGUCACCAAAUGUGUUACAGAGCCAGAGUCAACACUUGCUCCUUGUCAUGAAGCUCUCUCAGCUCCAAGAUGUGAGAAGGACUUGACCACAAAGAGUGAUCCUAGUGGUGGGUGGGCUGAUGGAGUGUCUGUUGAGCAGACAGAACAUGCUACUGAUGUGAAGAGGUCAUUCCUCUUCAGGGAAGGAGACCUUGAAGUCACUGUUUCUCCUGAAGAAAAUGUGUAUGAUAUAGGUAAUGAAGAGUCACCACCAAAGGUUUUGGGAGGAAUGGAACUAGCCAACUUGAAAACUGAGACAUUUGUGCCUUCAGAGAAAGAGAAAAAUCAUGAAAUUGCAGCAGUAGAAAGUCCCUGUGUUGGACAACUGAGAGGAAUCGCUAAACUGCAGAGGAAGUGUUUGUUGGUGAAAGAAUCACUAAAUGUUGAAAAUUCAGACUCAAGCAUAGAUGAUGACAUUCAUCACAAAUCUCAUAACAAAGGUGAGAUGCUCAGUGGUAGAAAAUGCUGUGCAGAAGCCGUAAGCAGUCACAGUGUUGAAGCAAAUCAAGAGGUUGAAGAGGAAGAAAGGCAUAUGUCUAAAAGAAAAAGAAAGAAGCAUCCUUCCUCAGAAGAUGAACUGGAUGAUAAUCCAGAUGUCCUGAUUUCCAGAAUAGAAGCUACACAGAGGCAGUGUUCUGAAACUGAGCCACGUGACUUAAAGGAAGAGAACUCUGAAGAUAUGGAGGAAUUCUCUAAAACCAGUUCCAGGACUAGCAGCACCACAUCAACAAUUGUGGAAGAGAAAGAUGAAUUUAGCAGCAGUGAGACUACUGGAGAAAAGAUGGAGCCCAAUGAAGAUGACAGUAUCAAAUCACAGGAGGAAGAUCAACCAGUAAUUAUUAAAAGGAAAAGAGGAAGACCUCGUAAAUACCCUGUAGAAGCAGCAUUAAAAAUGAAAGAUGACACCAAAAUGGAUACUGGCAUUGUCACUGUAGAACAAUCUCCUCCUAGCAGCAAACUAAAAGUAAUACAAGCAGAUGAUUCCUGUAAAGAAGCAGCAAACCAACAAGAAAGAAGUGAUGAUAGUGAAGAAAGAACAGUAGCAAGUAUGCGUAGGAGAGGAAGAAAGCCCAAACGGUCAUUCGCUCUUUCAGAUGAUGCUGAAUCCUCAGAGCCAGAAAGAAAACGUCAGAAAUCAGUUUCUGAAACAUCAGAGGACAAAAAAGAUCAGGAGUCUGAUGAGGAAGAUGAAGAUGAAGAAGACGAUGAGCCCUCAGGAGCCACCACAAGGUCCACCACCAGAUCAGAGGCACAGAGAAAGCAUCAUAGCAAGCCAUCUGCACGUGCAACAUCCAAACUUGGCAGCCCAGAAACAAUUUCUCCUAGAAAUCGCCAAAAGUUAGCAAAAGAGAAGUUUCCUACCAGCGAAAAAGUUAGUAAAUCUCCCCCUUUAGGAAGAUCAAAGACACAGCUUUCCCCUUCUACCAAACGCAAGAGGGAAGCUAGCCCUCCAGGGGCCCGAACAAGAGGCCAGCAGAGAGUGGAGGACGCCCCUGUGAAAAAAGCAAAACGAUAAUCCUGACUGCCAUUUGUCCUUACUUCCUGAAGAAUGCAGUGGAGAGAAAAGGGACAAGCUUCGCCUCAUGGGUCAUGGGCUUUUAAUUUUUUUUUUUUUUUAAUUAAGAAACGGAUGUUGCAUGUGCUGUAAGUUCCUAGGUGCAUUGUGUUUUAAACAGCUUUAUAAACUAUAUUCAUAGAAGAUAUCAUGUACAUUUAUUUCAGAUAAAGGAAAAUAAGUUUACUUUGUAUCUGAACUCAACAAAGUAGUUGUAUAUUUUAACAUUCAAAAUUGGGAUUUCCCAAUGUGACACAUCACUAAUGCAAACCUUCCAGCCCAUCAGACACCAGCCUACCUGCUGGUGAUCUGUGUAUAGUAUAUAAACAUGUAAAAAUAGGUUGUAUUUUACUCUAUGUAUGAUGCUAAUCAAUGAACACUUUAUUUAUUUUACAGAGAAAUCUUAUCUGUGAACUUUACUAUAUAUCUGUUUAUUUUGUUUUAUUAUUUUUUUUAAUAAAAAAGAGGGUUUUAAAUGCUAUGCAGUCAUUAGUACAAGAGUUUUUAGAACUCUGCCUGCCCUGUAACCAUCUGAAUAUGACCAGGUAGGCAAUACAGAAAUUCACGCAUGUAUCCAAGUAAAGUAGUUUAGCUAAAGAAAGGAUCUCAGUUGCUUCUCUGUUCACAGUUGUGACUGAUUUUACAAAUGUAACUGAUUUUAGGUUAUACCUGGCUCUGUGACCUUGCCACAGCUUCAUUAGCAUUAGUAUUCAUCCCUCUCCUCUGUGCUAUUCCCAAGCCUCAGCCAGCAGCUCCAUAUUGUCUUUUCAGUAAAGAGAAAUGCUUUGAAGAUGAGGUCACCCCUCAUUCAGCUUCAAGAUUUCAUGUUGUUUUAUACACAGUUAUUUCAGGAUAGAAACUGGUUUUGUUGCCAGGUUCUUUUUUAAACAUGUUUUAACUCUCAUAUGAGCAAACUGUCCUACUCAAAUUUUUCAUAAAAUGAAACUUUUCUUAGGGUCAAAUUUGUUUCUUGCAUUGAUAAAAUGAGUUGCCAAAUAAUUGGAAUUAUUUUGAAAUGCUUUGUUCAUAUUCUUGUUUUAUAAUUAAAAUUUACAUUCAGUG